AUGACUCUCGUCGACGGGUGUUUGAUGCUUCCUUUGAUGGGGAUAUUUCUGCCAUUGAUCCCCUUGUGCAUGAGCAUGUCGAGGAGGCCAAGGACUCACUGCCCAGCCUUGAUGACCUUGACCCUCACAAAGAAGAAGGUCAUGCCUCGCUCUCCCCUUUGCAUGGGAGCCUCGUCAAUCCCCCAACCCAUGCAACGUCCUCCGCCACUCCUGGAGACAGUCCCUCGCAUGAAGACAAUGGUGAGCACUCCACACCACCUGUACCCAUGCCUGGUCCUCCACAUCCUUUAA